CAAUUUUUUUUUCUUCCUCCAGCUAGUUACGCUACGGAUAAAUCGUUAAGGCAAGGCGGUGGAAGUUUAGACGUACGUGCAUCUAAAAAACACACAUUUUAAAACAACAGCAAUGGCUCUAGAGUCACGUAUCACCCAGGAAGAGAUAAAGAAGGAGCCAGAGAAGCCUAUUGACCGGGAAAAGACCUGUCCACUGCUGCUGCGAGUAUUCACCACUAACAGUGGCCGACAUCACAGACCAGAUGAAUUUGCUCGUGGCAACGUGCCGUCCAGUGAACUGCAGAUAUACACAUGGAUGGAUGCUACUCUGAAGGAGCUGACUGGCCUGGUGAAAGAAGUGUAUCCAGAGGCCAGGAAAAAGGGGACACACUUUAGUUUUGCCAUAGUCUUCCCUGACCCCAGAGCGAAAGCAUACAGGUUGAAAGAUAUUGGCAGUACAGUGUCUGGCAGGAAGGGUGCAGAUGACUCCAUGACGUUGCAGUCUCAGCGAUUCCAGAUUGGAGAUUAUCUGGACAUUGCUAUCACACCACCUAACAGAGCCCCGCCCCUUACCACACGCAUGAGGCCAUUCUGAAUACACACACAUAAAGCAACACAUAGUUCGGUUUUUCUUCCAUCUCUAUUUUGCAUCUUCUUGGAUUUGUUUUGCCUCAUUUUAUAAAAUGUGAAGUGUAAUAAAGUUGUCUUUUUUCCAAA